GAGCCGGCCGGAUGCGGAGGGUGUCCGGGGUGCGUCGAUGGGACCCAGGUGUCCGAGAGCCGGCCGGAUGCGCAGGGUGUCCGGGGUGGGUGGAUGGGACCCAGGUGUCCGAGAGCCGGCCGGAUGCGGAGGGUGUCCGGGGGGAUGGAUCGGACCCAAGGUGUGGGACGAGGGAUGUCCUGGGCCGCCCCCCUGCAGAGUAUGUGUCCGCCGGCAGGAGCUGAGUCUUUCUCCCCCUCCCCUGACAGGGGCCCCCAUGGCCGGCGAGCUGCGGUGCCAGUGCGUGCAGACCGUGUCCGCGGUGAUCUCCCCGAAGCGCAUCGCCCUCGUGGAGCUGAUCCCCGAGGGGCCCCACUGCGGGGUGCCAGAAGUCAUAGCCACCACGAAGCAAGGCAAGAAAAUCUGUCUGGAGCCCAGCGCGCCCUGGGUCAAGCUGAUCGUCACCAAGAUCCUGAGCAGGUACCUGCCCUGGGGGUGCGGCUCUUCGUGUUGGGCCAGCCCUAGUGCCCCUUGUCCCGGCUCAGGGGAGCGUGGGCGGCAGACUCAGGCUGAAGCAGGGCUCCGGGUUGCGGGGACAAGGGGCGAGAUGGGCCACUGAGUCUGAACCAGUGGAUACUUCUGAUUACAAACCGCUGGCCCAGCUGGCCCCAUCAGUCCGGCUCCAUUGUCGGGGGAAACUCAGCCCAGGUGUCAUGUAGCUAGACGAGUUCAAAUAAGUGUCUGUAUCUUCGCCCUUAAACAGGGCUGCUACCUGUGGCUGGUGGGGUCCCUGCCACUGAAUGCCACUGAUCGGAGCUGGAGCAGCCCUGGCCGCUCUUCCUUGUGGCACACCCAGCUCCCGGGGGGCGGGCGCAGGCUCGGGCGCAGGGAAUGCAGGCUCCGAGCCUGCGGAGGGGGAAGGCCAGAGCAGAAAUGAGUCCAGCCGAGGUCUGUCCGGAUGUCACUUGUAACGUGCUUUCUGUUGUCUGCCUCUUGCAGUAAAUCUAACAAGCUGUGAGGGGAGAAGAGGAAAUGGACAAGGAACUACAACACAAACUACCUGUGUGCAGGAGGGGAAACCAGGGUGAGAGAGAAUGGGGACCUGAGGCCGGACAACUAGCCAGGGCGAACUCUCUUCUUUUGAAGAUCUCAUAGAGCAGCCCGCGCUCCCUUCAACUUCAGCGGUUCCACCAAGUUCUUCCAACCUGCGCUUAUUUAUGUAUUUAUUAAUACAGCUCUGUAGAGCUCUUCAACAGCUGGGUCUUUUUGUUCAGCACCUUAGAUCUUUUCGGUCACCUGAAGGGGCCAGGCGGCAGCCGUGGCUCAAGAGAUGGCUUGUUGUGAGUGGAGUCCACAUUCUCAAUAAGCCAUCACCUCAGAUACUCUGAGCAGCUCAAGGUGAUAGUGCUGUGAAGCUGGGCCUUUCACACUGGGGAUGUGCAGGAUGCCUGCUGGCUUGUGAAUAACCAGAGCUUCGGAUUCUGGAGCUGCCAAGCAUUUAGCCUUUGUGCCCACAACUCUGUAGGAUUACAAAACGAAAUCCCAUUGCAACAAGCACAGUCACUUGCUCCUGUCCUGAAAUGUGUUGCCAAGACGCAUGCCCCUGGGACACACAAUCAUUUGCUUGGUUAGGUGAAACAGACUAGCAGCUAUUCUCCUUUCCUAGAAAAGCAAUCUUUGUGAAAAUGUGGCUUCCAGUCACUAGCUGAAGUUUCUGCAAACUCUCUAGGGCUCUCUUUUGAUGAGUGUUAAAUUAUAUCUAUGCAAUUUAAAUAUUUGCUAUUUAUGCUGAAGGUUUAAGAACAGUAACGUUCUGAACAUCCUUGGACAUUUUAUGUCUUCAUGGUAUGACACACUGUCAUGUUUUGUGUAGAAGUGGUAUUGCAAAUUGUACGGUACUAAAACGCAGUAAUUGUAAUAAUGGCGGGAGUUACACAUUAAAUAAAUAUUUUCUGAUGAAAA